AUGAAAGCGACUGUUGACAGCCUCACCAAGGAGUAUCACGAAAGCGGAGUUUGGUCCGAUGUACCGCUGGAUGAGCUCUUCAAGACAACCGCAGCACAGCAUCCUGAUCGGCUGGCCCUUGUCGAUGCGCCGGACCGCGCGGCCUGGACCGGCGGCGAACCGCGCCGCUUGACCUAUGCCGAAGCUGACCGGGAAAUCGACCGGCUUGCCGCAUUUUACAACACUGUCGGUCUGUCCGCAGACCAUGUGAUCGGCGUCCAGGCUCCCAAUACUGUGGACACGGUCAUAGCAGUUCUUGCGGCGCUGCGUGCGGACCUGAUCGUUUCGCCUCUUCCAUUGCACUGGCGGCAGAAAAAUGUGCUGGAAGCCUUGAAUUCCAUCGGUGCAAAGGGGUUCAUUGCCGCUGACAGGGUCGAAACGAGAGACGUCGGUACCGCCGCCCGGGACGUGGCUGCGGAUUUGUUUUCGCUGCGUUUCGUUUUCGGUCUGGGCAAAGAUGUUCCGGACGGUUUGAUCGAACUGGGACCGAUGCUCGCGGAAAUGGGAGACGGCCUUAGUUUCGUUACCCGUGAAAGACCUGAUCCGGCUGACCAUACCGCAACAAUAUGCUGGAGCCGGAGCGGAGAAGAAAACGUACCUGUCAGCCGAUGUCACAACCACUGGAUUUCGGCUGCGCAGAUGAUCGUGAACGAAGCGGAGAUUUCGGAAAACAGCACCAUUCUGGUGCCUUAUUCGCUCAGCGGCCUGACGGGACUCGGGGCCGGACUUGUGCCGUUUCUCAUGACAGGCAGCACCUUGCACCUGCACCAUCCGACCUCUCUUGCCAAUCUUGCAACACAUGCCAAUGACGUUGAAGCCGACAUUGUCAUGACGCCCGGGCCCCUCGCACAGACGCUCGAUCGGAAGCUGGGCAGUACCAAAACGACCGUUCUUGCGGCGUGGAAUAUUUCAGCCCCACACCCGACAACGUUUGUUGCAAGACGUCGGCUCGUCGAUGUUCACAUAGCGGACGAAUUCGCACUGGUUGCCAGAGCGAGAGGUCCUUCAGCGAAGAUCAAGGCGACCGCCUUGGGAAAGCAUAACGGGUCGAUCGGGUGUGAAAACAGGCCAGCCCUUCUUGAAAUAGCAGUCACCGAAGAGGGCGAGGCACAGACCCCUACCCUGCUCGUGAAAGGACCCAUGGUCCCCGAGAUCGGGUGGCGCACGAUCAACGGCGAACGGCGGCGUGUCCGCUGGGAGGGAACCGGGUAUCUCAAGACCAACAUCAAGGUUGAUCUUGUCGACGACGGCAUUGCCGGCUUCGGAAUUCCAGGUACCUAUGCCCUGGGUACCGGCAAUCUUGAAACAAUCGAUGUGAUCUAUUCGAGUUAUCCCGGGAUUCGGGAAGCCGCUGCAUUCAUUGUCGAAGAUCCAGUUCUUGGAGCCAGAAUGUACGCAGCAUUGGUCCCCGAGACUUCAAAUGUCCCCGACGCUGCGUCCUUCUUUGCCUUUCUGGACGCGGAUGGAGUGGAUCUUGCGAAAAUCCCGCAUCGUGUCCUGAUAUUGCAAUCGCUGCCACGCAAUGCCGACGGAACAAUCUGCAGGGAGAAACUGACCAUGCGGACACAACGGCUGCCCGCUGCGGUGGCCUAG